UUUAUCUUUGCCCCGCACAUGUAGAAACAUGUAGGAGAGAGUGACAUACGCGACAAGUAAAAUAAUUUUUCAUCAGACUCGACAUUUUAUGAAAAUAUGUAACAGACCAGUAUUUCUGAGAAAAGAAUGGACAAAAAAAAAUGCAAGAGAACGUAGAAAUCAUUAAACGUUGAGGAAUAUAUAUGUAUUAUUACUUAUGUGUGUAGAAAGCCGUUUGUUAAAAAGUCAGGAAGUAAACAUUUAAAGUUGACAGAGUUGUCGUUAACGCACAAAGCCUGCGAUUCGCCUUUGCGCGCGUGACGAUGAUUAUUUGAUAUAUAUAUCCUGGACAUGGAGGACAAUAACAAAGAACGCCGAGCACUGCAGUAUUAUGUUGCCAAGCAGGACACGGUAUUGGUACGGUUAUUCGGCACUUGCGACGUUAACGUUAACGAUCUGCGUCUGGGAAUGCUUGUGGAAGCGCUAGACGACUCGAAGGACAGCGUGCUGAGAGUACGCGUGACGGACAUAGGCGGUUCCAAGUCCUGGUACGGCACCGAAUGGCGUUGCCACAAAUACGAUUUGAUUCAGGUAUCGCAAAAGAUCUGGCAUUACCUUCUUGCCGUUCAGUCGCCUCAGGAAAGAGUCCGACUGGCGAACGAUAAGAGUCUUUGCGAACGACUGAGAAAUAUAUCUGUGAACGACAAAGUCUGGUACUGUCCUGAUUCGUCUAACAAACGGGCUAGAGAACUGGCGGUGGUCAGAUACAUUGGACUUGUACCACAGCUUGGACUGGGGCAUUACAUCGGUCUGGAACUAUUGGAAAGCCAAGAGAUAUCCAAAACAUCACAAUUGGCCAAAGAAUAUUUCAUUUCCACACAUCGAAAUUCUACUGUGUUAUUUGCAACUGUAAACAACAUAUGUCCGUACAAAGAAGCGGACACAACUUCUGGCCAUAUUGAAAAAACACCAUUUUUAAAGACUAAUACAGGGACUGAUUAUGCUAGUGAUAAGAAAAAGUCUAUAUUUGAUAGCACACCGGCUGUUCUGGUGGAGCAGUUUACUAUGUUUGAUGACAAUAAGAACAACAAUCACGAUUCUGUCAAUAUGUUAAAGGAUCGUCAUCAUAUUAAGACUAAUCUUGAAAGUGAUGUUAAUAACCAUACCAAAAACAUCGAUCACGCUCUAUUUACAUGCGGCAAUGUAUCGGAAAAUAGUGAAGUCAGAAAAUUUAGCAGAGUAGAAAAUAAAAGCGAUUUGAUAGUAGGUUCUAAUGUAAAAGUACUAUUGGACUCUGAUGUUCACUAUGGAGUUAUUCGUUGGAUUGGUACACCGUCUGGUAUAAGUCCUGGUAAAUUGAUGGCAGCUGUUGAAUUGGAUGAUGGGCAUCCUUUAGGUACCGAUGGAACGUACAAAAAUAUUAGAUAUUUUCACUGCAGGCCUCACAAAGCUAUAUUCACGGACCUCGAACACUGUUCUCAUUACGAAGACACGAAGCUCGAUGAACAGUCUGCGCUCACAAAUAAUGAUAAUUUUGGUAACAUGGAGAGUUCCGUGAUCACGGGAAUAGUACGGCCUAUCUCCGUCAAAGGAGACUUGGAGAGCAUAUGUGGGAAGUACCGUGGUAUUCAAGGUCAUCAUAAUUCAUGCUACUUGGACGCUACUCUUUUCAGUAUGUUUACAUUUACCAGCGUAUUCGACAACCUCCUGUUUCGACCGCCGAAUGAGAAAGAUUGUCCGGAAUAUGAAGAAGUGCAGAGAGUUUUGCGAGAGGAGAUUGUAAAUCCACUCAGAAAGAACAUGUUUGUCAGAGCAGAUCGUGUAAUGAAGCUUCGUACGUUGCUCGAAAAAUUAUCGUCAAUAUCCGGUCUCACUAGUGAAGAAAAAGAUCCGGAAGAAUUCUUAACGUCAUUGGUAGCUCAGAUUUUGAAUGCCGAACCAUUCCUCAAAUUGAGUUCCGGACAGGAUGCGUAUCACUAUCAGUUGUUUGUUGAAAAAGACGACGAUCUAAAAACGCCGACUGUGCAGCAAUUAUUGGAACAGAGUUUUCUGACAAGUAACGUCCGACUGAAAGAAGUCCCUUCGUGUCUUAUCAUACAAAUGCCGCGAUUCGGAAAAUCGUAUAAAAUGUAUCAGAAGAUACAGCCUACGUUGCUGCUAGACGUGACGGAUAUUAUCGAAGACUCACCCAGACAGUGUACGGUUUGCGGCAAAUUGGCUGAAUUCGAGUGCAAAGAGUGUUACGGGCAGUGCGGCGUUGGUAUCGAAAGUAUAGCUUUCUGUUCACUGUGUCUGGAAAACGUUCAUCGUCAUGAACGAAGAACGAAUCACGAGCCGAAAAAGUUAAUGGUGCCUGUAGACUUUGCAUUUCUGCAGGAGCAUUGUCCCGUCCCGCGUUUGUAUUUGGAGCUUUCCGCGGUGGUCUGCAUCGAAACCUCUCAUUACGUUUCAUUCGUAAAAUGUGGCCCGGGUUCGGAAGCGCCAUGGUGUUUCUUUGAUUCUAUGGCUGACAGAAAAGGAGAGCAAAACGGAUACAAUAUACCAGAAAUGGUGCCAUGUCCAGAUUUUCCCUACUGGUUGAGCGAAGAGGGAGCAAGUUACUUGUCUAAAUUGACAGACGAUCGUCAGUUACCGGAACACGCAAAGCGUCUUCUUUGCGACGCGUACAUGUGCAUGUAUCAAUCUCCCGAUGUUAUGAUGUACAAAUAAUUUCAACUCGGAGAUUUAGAUCUCUCGGUUUUAGAAUCUUUCUUAUGAUUAUUUGUCAAAAAAAAAAAAAAAGAGUGCAAUAUUCUACUUGUUGCUUCCUCUAAGAAUAUAAGUUUCUUUAUAAACGAACGUAAUUGUAGCUAUCAAUCACAAGCAAUCCGAGAUCUUGAAAAAUGUUAUGUACAAAUUAGAAAAGAGAAUAUAUGUUUAUAUGCUGAAAAAUAAAUAUAGAAAAAACUGACAAUAUAUAUAUAUA